AUAUAUCUACUGUCUGCAUAAUCAAAAUCACAAAACAUUUUAUCAACAAAAAAAUAUCUUUUUCCAAAACCCCUUUAUCAAAUGGAAGAACACAUUUGUAUUCAAAAACCCAAUUCUCAAAAUGACCAAAUAAUCAAGAAUUGGGAAAAUCUUUGUUCAGAUAUUACAGAAAAAAUUAUCUUUUAUCUCCCAAUUCGUUCUAUAGUUAUUGCUUCCUCUGUUUGCAAGAUUUGGAAUUCUAUAAUUACCUCUAAUUCUUUCACUACCAAAAUAUCAGCUACAAAAAAACCAUGGUUUUUUCUUUGUGGCCAAAAUAGCAUUUUUUACAAAAAUAACCAAGCUUUUGCAUAUGACCCAGAUGAAAAUGAAUGGAUUACACUUCCCACUUCAACCCUUUUAUCCCAAGAUUUCUUUAUUGGUUCAAAUGGUUUUUUCUUUGCUACAACUUCAGAAAAUUUCAGUUUUAAGCCAAUUUUUAAAAACACUUGGGUCCAAACAAGCCCUUUGAGGUUCUCUAGGUGUAAUCCUCUUGUUGGUGUGUAUAACAAUGGUUCAAGAUUCAUUGUUGUAGGUGGUGUUAGAUUUGUUGGUGGAUUAGUUGAUGUUGAGGACCGUUUGGCUGUUGAAAUUUAUAAUCCAAAUUUGGAUUCUUGGGAAUUGUGCCAACCUUUGCCAGCAGAUUUUAGGUCAGGGAAUUCAUCACAGUGGUUAUGUUCUGCUUUAUUCAAAGGGAAAAAAUUCUAUGUUUUUGGGAUAUAUUCUUGUUUUAUUACAUGUUUCAAUUUGGAUGAACAUUUGUGGAGUGAGGUACAAACACUUAGGCCACCUGGCAUUUUGUUUUCGUUCUUGAUGACAUGUCAAGAUUGUUUAGUCUUAGGUGGAUUAUGCAAUUCACCAAAUGGAAUAAAUUUUAUUAUAUGGAAGGUUGAUGAGGAAACAAUGGAGUUUAGUGAAAUUGCAAUAAUGCCACAUGAAUUGAUGUAUUGCUUGUUUGAUAGUGAUGAGGAUGAUAAAUUUGCUAGUUUAAAAUGUGUGGGAUUGGGGAAUUUAAUUUAUGUGUACAAUGAAGAGCAUCAUAAGAAUUACCCUGCUUGUGUUUGUGAAUUUAGCAAUGAAUUUGGGAAGUGUAGUUGGAGGAAGUUGCCUAAUUUGCCAGCACCUGCUAGUAAGUUUCAUAGAGUGAUUAGCUUUUGUUCAAAUGUUUCCCUUGAUAACAUUCUUGUUGGUGCAAGAAUUUGAAGUUUCAUCGGUACUAAAGUAGCGUGGUGGGAAAGAUGAGAUUCUUCUUCCUUAAUCAGAUAUCUAAGUCUUAAGCUUUGGAAAUGAAGAAACUCAUGGUAAAGAGCAUUGUUUGGUGGGCCCUACUGCAUGAAUUCAGAUUUGUCGGACUUAGAAUACUUGAAAUUUCACGAGCAAGCAAUAGAUGAGAUUCUUUCUCCUUUUGAGUGGGCCUUAUGCGGUGCGAAUCCAGUGAUUAAAUGAAAAAAGAAAGAAUUUACAAUGAGUUUGAGUUUUGCCUUUUCUUAUUGGUACAUUUUAUAAAUGCUAUAACUGGAAGCAGUUUUGUUCAUGCAUAAUAGUAUAUGUAUGUUUAGAAAUAAGAUUAAUGAUUGGUACUUUUUCUUGUU